UAAAUAGGUGGAGCUACAGACUGGUAUUUAAAUCCCAACCCAGUCCAUUAACACCACUUAGCUCUACGUGUCACCAAGAACGCAGGUACCAGCUGUAGAGCUACUUUCCCAUUUCUGGACCAUGGCUGUGGAGAGAAAGGUGUAUGUUCUCUACACUGGAGGAACUUUCGGAAUGAAGAAAGAUGACGACGGGAAGCUCGCUCCACAGACGCUGGAUGUCAUCAAAGACUUCAUCAUUCGCCACACCAUCCUUUACGAGAGGAAACCAGGAGAAUCAGACGAGGAUGUCUGGAACCGCAUCGUCACCCCGGACGGCCUCAUCAUGCUAUAUCACCAGUUGGCUGAAGAUGAUCCUAAAGCCAAAAGUCAAAAGUAUAAAGUUCUCUACAGAAUGGACAGCCUACCAACGCCGAUUGACUCCUCAAAUGUGACCCCUAAAGACUGGAGUGACAUGGCUGAAAGAAUUAAGGAACGCAUGGACGUGUACGAUGGGUUUGUUAUUAUCCAUGGAACAGACACGAUGGCCUACACCUCCUCUGCUCUGUCCUUUAUUUUGGGGAAAAUCAACAAGCCUGUGAUCGUGACUGGAGCUCAGAUGCCCAUCUUCCAUCCUCGAACUGACGGUCUGGAUAACUUUGUUGGUUCGAUGCUCAUGGCUGGGUACUUUUGUGACAGAGAGAUGCUGCAUCAGGUGAUGCUUUAUGAUCUGAACAAACUGUACCAGGGCAACCGAGUGGUGAAGUUUGACUGUGACUCCUUCAGUGUGUUUGACAGUCCUGACGUGUUCCCGAUCGCCAGCCUGGAAACUACCAUCAAACUAUAUGAACAUAAGAUGGUGGAGCCCAUAUUCCCUCCCUCCUUAAAGAGCAAAGCAUUCACACGGGCAGAAAAACCACAAGUCAGGAUCCUGAGAUUUUUCCCUGGAAUCACAGAAAAUUAUGUCCGUGGCAUUCUGGUCGGAGCUGAUGGUGUCAUCCUGGAGACGUACGGAAGUGGGAACGUUCCAGAUGUUGCCUGGCUAAAGGAAUGUCUGACUGAAGCUGAUAAGAGAGGUGUUCUGAUGCUGAACUGUACUCAGGUGUAUCGAGGCACCGUCUUACCCAUCUACGCUACAUUUGAGGCACAUGUUAUUCCUGGAUAUGACAUCACUCCUGAGGCAGCAAUGACCAAGAUGAUCUGGGUGCUGAACUCAGACUUUAACCCAGAGACAAAACGCAAGGUACUGAAGCACAGUUUGUAUGGGGAAUCAUGUGCCCCUCCCUACUGCCUGCCGAAUGCGGAACCUGGACCAAAGGGAGAGAGAGAACAGACACCGGAAUAAAAUCAACAUGAUUGGUCAUUAAAACAAGAUGAAAUGAUUGAGUCUGUGUGUAAAAAAAGGUCAAGAAAAGUAAACAGUCUAAACCAAUCAUCAAAGUCUAAUUGAUCUCUAAUGUUCUAAUCAAAUAAACUGAUUCAUUGCCUCCA